AUGUUCCGUGAAGCAUUGGAGGAAGAACUGAAGACGAGAUAUCCAUGCACUCUGACGGAUGAACUCAUGUCCCUGCAGAUGAAAAAUGAUGAAGACUACUACAGCUACAAACAACGAGCUAAAACUCUAUAUCAUGAUGCUACAGAGCAAAAGAUGGACAUGUCAUAUCAUCGCACGCUGUGGUUCAACAGCUGUCCAACGGACAACAUCAAGUACUGGAAGCUCAACAAUUGA